AAGGAGACGGCUCUGCACUGCGCGGCGCAGUACGGCCACUCGGACGUGGUGGGGGUGCUCCUGCGGGAGCUGACCGACCCCAGCAUGAGGAACCGUCGCGGGGAGAGCCCCCUGGACCUGGCCGCCCUCUACGGACGGCUGCCGGUGGUCUGCAUGCUGGUCAACGCCCACCCGGCGCUCAUGCACAGCCACACGCGCCAGCACACGCCCUUGCACCUGGCCGCACGCAACGGCCAUCACGCCGUCGCCAGCGUGCUCAUCGAGACGGGCAUGGAGGUCAACAUGCAGACAGAGAAAGGUAGUGCUCUCCACGAAGCGGCGCUCUUUGGGAAGAUUGAUGUAGUGCGACUCCUGCUCGACUCAGGGAUUGACGUGAACAUACGAGACUAUACGGGAAGAACUGCACUGGAUAUCCUAAGAGAAGUCCCCCAUCAGAAGUCACAACAGAUCGCUGGCCUUAUACAAGACUACAUGAUGGAGGAUUAUGACAGGGGUUUCAUGGAGGAGCCUGUGAGACACUGCCCCAUCCCGGCCCCCCGCACCUCUUCAAUGUCCUCACCAUCCGCCUCACCCUCCCUCAGACACAAGACGGAGGGUGAGGUGACGGGUGAGCUGUCGCGCCUCCUGAAUGAGAUAAAGCGCUGUAGGGAUCGGGACUACUCCUUCGAGGAGCUCUGUCACACCAUCUCUUCGCACUCCAUGGAGAGCUUUGGCAGCGCACGGCUGUCGGACGAGGAACGCAGCGAGCGCAACGGGACCCUCACCAGGGUUAGCAAGAGGCCGACCCCCCCACUGCCCCCCGCCCUGGAGGAGGAGGAGAAGAGCUGUGGCCCCGCGGGAUUCUGGGAGGCCUUGACCCCCUGCAAUGGCUGCCAAAACCUGGGCUUCCCUAGCCUCUCUCAGGAUUCCAAGCGCUCUGCGGAGAUCCUGCCAUCCCCGUCAUUGGACGUCUUCCUGCCCGAGGACGAGGACAAUCCCUACGAGUCCGUGGCCACCGCCGUCACCCGCAAACCCUGCUCCCUAGACGUCACUCGCCUGCAUGCCUGCCCUCGCAAUGGCCAUUCCCUGCCGGUGACCAUUGACGAGUCGGCGCUGUGUAACCAUGACAACUCGUCCUCCUGUGGUCCGACUCCAGACUGCUCGCCCCCCUCCCCCGACACAGCACUGAGGAAUAUUGAGAGCGUCAUACGACCACAGGCCAAGCAGCGGUCCGCCUCUCACACAUCCACAGGAGGUCACCACCACGAUGCCCAGUCAUCAAAGGCCUCCAACGUCCAAACCCUCACCACCUUCACCUCCAACUCCAGCUCCCACCUCAGCACCACUACCACCACCAACACCCUCCUCCACCUCAGCACCUCCACCAGCAACAACAACGCCCAGUCCAACCCGGGCUACGACCCCUCGGAGGUGAGCUCCUCGCUGGGCUACGCCAGCUUCAGCACCAGCCCCCCCGCCAGCCCCCCUGUCAGUCCGGCCAACUACUCCAUAUGCUCCGGGGACGACUGCACUCUUCCAGACUCAGACGAGACCCCGACACAGCAGCCACAGCCGCGUGAGCGAGAGGGCGACCGUGACCUCAAGAGCGCAACGCCGACGUCGUCAUCGUCAUCGAGGCGAGACGAGCGGCGCGAGAGCCGUGUUCCUGAGGAGUUCGCCGGCCUCCUGCACGGCUCGUCGCCCGCCUGCGAGACGCCGGACACGCCCUUCCAGCUGUACGGCCGCGCCCACGCGCCUCGCUACCAGGGCAACGUGCUCCUGCCCCCGGCCUCGCCGCCAGUCCCCCUCCCACGCACCUCCUCCAGCAGCUCCACGUCCUCCGCGACUUUCAAAGCUCAAGCUCAAGGUCAAGGUCAAGGUCAAAGUCAGGGUCAAGGUCAAGGGCAGCAAUCGGAUCAGCAAGGUCAACAGACAACGGGUCAACAGGGUCAACAACAACAACAGCAGGGUCAGAGUGAGGGGCCCAAGCCCCAAAUCCGCUACCGGACCAUCUUCCACACGCAGGUCAACCAGAACCACACUCCGCACGGCACCAGUACCGGUACCAGUGGCAGUCCCACGAAGGCCAGUCAGUCCAGCAGCCUGACGACAACUGUGGGCCCGGUGGUCCGUAACGGCGGUAUCGGUAUCAGCGGUUCUGGAGUCUGGAGCGCAGGCAGCAGCAGCAGCAACAACAGUGCAGCCACUAGUCCGUCAGGAAGCACUGGAACCGGAACCAGCACCGUGGUCAUAUCCAAUACCACCGCCCUCAACAACAUUCCGAGCGCCAGACCCUCUUUCUCCACCUUCUUCUCCCCAUCGUCACGUUCCUCUUCCACCACCGUCACACCAGGGGGCUCCACCAACACCAGCUUCGAGGAGCGGGCCUGCACCCUGGGGAGGAUGCGCUCGGUCCCCCGCAGCGUACUAGACCUGCAGCUCUCCAGAACCAUCUCCAAGUCCGACUCCAACCUGGUGGGCAAUUCGCCCGUGGAGGAGGGAGGUGGAGAAGGAGGAGGAGGAGGAGGUGGAGGUGGAGGAGGAGGAGGAGGGGGAGGUCGCAGAGUGAACAGCCCAGGCAAGGGCAGCCCUGCUGGGGGCCAGAGGAUGGAGAGGACCCCUUCUUUCACGGCCGAGUGGGAAGAGAUUGACAAGAUCAUGAGCUCCAUAGGGGCCGGUAUUGGCACAGAGGAGGAGCAGGAGGCAGACGACAACUCCUCAGGCCCCCGCUGCCCCGUGCAGAGCGUCGGACAGUGGCUGGACAACAUCGGCCUGGUGCAGUACGAGAACCACCUGCUGGCCAACGGCUUCGACAACGUCCAGUUCAUGGGCAGCAAUGUGGUCGAAGAUCAAGACCUGCUGGAGAUUGGAAUCCUCAACUCUGCACACAGACAGCGCCUGCUACAGGCCAUUCGGUUAUUGCCACGGGUGCGGCCGAUAGGCUACGAUGGCAACAACCCCACGUCGGUGGCAGAGUGGCUGGAGUCCCUGGAGCUGGGUGACUACACCAAGUCCUUCCUCAUCAAUGGCUACACCUCCAUGGAGCUGGUCAAGAAGAUCUGGGAGAUCGAGCUCAUCAACGUGUUGAAGAUUAGUCUGAUCGGCCACAGGAAAAGGAUUCUGGCCUCGCUUGGGGACCGGCUACACGAGGACGUGCCCCAGAAGCCACCGCGGGCCAUCUCUUUACGGGAGCCCAGUGGCAACCACACGCCGCCGCAGCUGUCCCCGUCCCUGUCCCAGGCGGCGUACACCAACGCGGGCUCGCUGGACGUGCAGCAGCUCAUCAUGCAGGCGGACGCACGCCGGCGUCGCCAUGACAACUACUUCGACGACACGCCGCGCUCCAAGCUGGAGCGACAGAUGGCCCAAGUCAGCAUGGUGAGCGAUCAAGGAGAGUGGUGUGAGCCAAUCACGUUGCGACCCCCCAAUGAGGCCACCUCGUCGACCCCGGUGCAGUACUGGCAACACCACCCGGAGAAACUCAUCUUCCAGUCAUGUGACUACGAGGCCUAUUACCUGGGUUCCAUGCUGGUGAAGGAGCUACGGGGAACAGAGUCAACGCAGGAUGCCUGUGCCAAGAUGAGGUCUACAGAGCAACAGAUGAAGAAGGUGCCAACUAUCGUGCUGUCCGUCUCCUACAAGGGGGUCAAGUUUAUAGAUGCCACCAACAAGGUUGGAGAGAACAUCAUCGCGGAGCAUGAGAUCCGGAACAUCUCGUGUGCUGCACAGGAUCCAGAGGACCUGUCCACGUUCGCCUACAUCACCAAAGACCUCAAGUCCAGCCACCACUACUGCCACGUAUUCACAGCAUUCGAUGUGAACCUGGCGUAUGAGAUCAUCCUGACGCUGGGCCAGGCGUUCGAGGUGGCGUACCAGCUGGCGCUGCAGGCCAGGAAGGGAGGGGGAGGGGGAGGCCACGGCUCCAGCACCCUGCCCGAGAGCUUCGACAGCAAGCCCACCAAGCCCGUGCCCAAACCCCGCGUCAACAUACGCAAGUCUGUCAUGCCCACUGCCCGCUGGUCCCUGGGCCACAUAUACACCCCCCACCGGCCUCCUCUCCACCCUCCUCCUCCUCCUUCUCCCUCCUCUCGACUCCUCCAUCACUCCCACAGGGUUCACUUCCAGAUGGAGCAGCCCUCCAUGGACCAGAAGGGGGGCCAUGUGAAUGUCAACGUUCCCUGGAUAGUGGAACCCAGUCAGGAGGCCAAGAGAGGAGCAAACACCAAGUAUGAGACCACUAUUUUCUAACAUACAGUACAGUAGAGUACACCAACCCAACUACUACUACUACUACUACUACCACUGUACUACUACUAGCCCACUACUACUAGCCAAACAGCCACCAACAACAACCCUGCUAGCCACCGCACCGCACCGCACCGCCACUAGCCACCGCUACUCCACCCCAAGCGUGUGUGCGUGUGUGUGUGUGUGUGUGGGUGCCUUGCAGAGAGAUCGCCCUCUAGUGGUCCCACCCACUAAUGGAGUCGCCCUGCCCUGCGGGCCCCACUGAGCGACCUGUGACCUUUGACCUUUGACCUGUCUCUCUCUCCCUCUCUCUCGCUUCCCGGGUUGCGGCGUGAGGCUAGCCCAGACUUGGUCCAGCCAGCCCAAACGUCUUCCCUCCCCCCAGAUACCGUCCCUCAAAACUCCCGCCCCCCAUUACGAACUUGCUUGCAUGACAACUGAUUCAGCUGUCAGUUCUUUCUCUUUCUUUCUUUUUCUUCAUUUCUCUAUUUUUAGUCCCUUUUGUUUUCUUUUUAGCUCAGUUGCCACCAAUCCCACCACUUCCCUUCUUGGCUCCGUCCUCUUUUCUUUCAUUUUUAUUCCUCUGGUUCCCUUCUCUGUUCUCCUUUUUUUCUCUUCAUUUGAUUGUUUCCCUUUCUUUCUUUUCUGGCAGCAGACUGUAACAACUCAUGGAAGCAUGGUGACCCUAUAUGGGGCCUAUAAGCUGCCCACUCUCCCACCAUAUCUUAUCCAUCCACUGAAGACAGUAGUCAGUUGGUCAGUCCAGUCAGUUGGUCAGUUGGUAUGUCAGACAGUCAGUCAGUCAGUCAGUCAGUCAGUUCCCUACCCUUAACCUGCUCGUCAGCUCGUUAGCCCUGCCCGUCCCUUCCCAUCAAUUCCCCCAUAUGCCUGACCCAGAUUGAUGACCACAAACCCAGGUAUUCAGCCCCUAACUACUCGGGGUAAAGAUUGGUUUUUAAUUUGUUGUUUCUCUGGAUUGUUUUUUUUCUUAUACUUCUUAUUUCAACCUGAUGGUUGCCAUCCCUUUAUUUUUCCCUUUUUCUCCAUUUUCCUGGACUCAUUCCUCAAUCAAUAUUAUUUUUUUGGUCUUAGUUAGUCUCUCUGCUUUUCUCUCUCUUAAUCUCUCUCUCUCUAGUCUACCUCUUCUGGGUCAUGUCCAUCCUUUCAAACCUCGUAGUAUCACCUUGACUACUCGAAUGAGAAACCAGAACCUUGAUAAGCCUUCAAUUCCCUUUAUCUUAUUAUUUAUUCACAUUUUAUUAUGUUUUUUUUCCUUUUCCUCUUUUCCUUUCUUGAAGACAGUGUCGGCCAAUGGUCAGUUGAGAUCUGAUGAUUUUUGUUGGGGGGGUUGUGAAGGCGAACGAAGGAGAUCAUUUGGGGCGGUGUGUAUCCUCAGUUUAAACUGAAUUUGGAGAAUGAACUCUGACGAAGAAACGUUUCACUUUGUUUUGUUUUGUUUUGUUUUGUUUUUUUGUUUUGUUUAUUGUGUGUGAUGUAGCACAUAAUUAUUCAUGACAAAAGAUCAGUGCUUGUCUUACAUGCAUAUAUAUCAUUUCAUUCUAUUGGUUUACUUCAGUGUGUCUUUUUUUAAUCAAAUCAGCUUUAUUUACUUUUUUUUCACAACUUGGAGAGUAAUUUGAGAGAAUUGCACAUUAUUGUGUCCCCCAAGCCUGAGCAAUCAGAGCUCCCGUGGAUAUUUUCCCAACAACGCAGCAAUUUGUGGAUCAAUGUGUAAUCAGAAAGAGAGUUGAGCAUGCAGUGUGGGGUAAGCAACAGAAAUGAAAUAAUUUGCCCCCAAUCAGCGCUGUUAAUGUGUGUGUUGUAAGCAAAAGAAAUGAAAUGCUGGGGAAUUGAUUGACUAAUCAUUUUCCCUCGAUGCUUAUUAGCAAUGCUAAUGUGUACACCGUGUGCUGUAGAUGUCAUCCAGAGUAUGGCGGCCAUUUUGUAUGUGGUGAGCAUCAGGAUGUGAAGGGUGAAUGGUAAAAAAAAAAAUGGGUGGGGGUCAACCAUGGUGACACGUGGUGACACGUGUGAGUGACACAAGUGCAUAAGAGGUUGGCGGGCGCGUGGUUGACGCGUACGUGGUGAGGGACACUGUGGAUAAGUGAUGUCGUCUCCUCCACAGGACAAUGGUGGACGCCCAUGUCUAUUACUCUGGAAUGCACAGAAUGUAGCCAGCCCCUAACAUGGACUACUCACUCACACACUACACACGCACAUACCAAGACACGCGUGAAAAGGACUACAAACGUGGACCCCUGUCUCUCUUUUACACACACACACACACACACACACACGCUCUCUCUCUCUCU